AUGCCCGAUGUCUUUCCAAAAUUCGAAAAUAUCGAUUAUAACGAUACCGAUCCCAUAUUUUUGCAGCACUGGAUCAAAAAAACUCAGCAGCUCAACCACAUUUGUUCCAACGACCGUUCGAAUGCUGAAGAAAACGCUAACUUGGAGUCGCCGAAUAACGAACCAACUAUGGACGAAGGCGCCAACUCGAAUGAGGCGAAUGGUCAAAAUGCGGCAGCUAAUAAUGGGAACGUGGCUAACGGCUCCAACGACCGUUCGAAUGCUGAAGAAAACGCUAACUUGGAGUCGCCGAAUAACGAACCAACUUUGGACGAAGGCGCCAACUCAAAUGAGGCGAAUGGCCAAAAUGCGGCAGCAAAUAAUGGGAACGCGGCUAACGCGGUUAUCUUCUCGGAUAGCGAUACCGAUGAUGAUUCCUCAACAAAUUCCCAAACUUCUAAUAAUUCCAAUGCUGCAGCCGGUGCCCGAGCUUCAACCGGUGCUCAACGUCGAUCCGUGAACAAGCUCCAAUCCGUGAGCCAGCUCCAAUCGGUGAUCAAGCUCCAAUUGGUGCGCAAGCUCUAA